UUAAUACACUAGACAAAGCUCUCCCGGCACAAUGCACAUACGCGAACUGGGCUAUUGUUUCACUGGGUAGGUAAUUGAUAUCGGACCGAAGAGUCUAUUAAUAUGACAUGCCUAGCAACAAACGCUAGAUUAGCGCGGACUCUGUAAGGGUCACAACUAUAUAUAUAUCCUGCAUUCGGUUUACAACAAGAAGGCACCAUGAGCUAGGAAAAUUUUCAAAAUGUGAACUUUUCAUGGACCAGAAUUUACCUUUUGAUUAAGGAUAAUGACGUUUUUACCAGAUAUGCCUGUGUAUAUAUAGACUUAUAAGACCUGGAGUUCAAGACCAGCCCCUGGGCCGUGAUGGCCGUGGGUAGGACUUAGGUGUCGUCUCCUCGAUGUGAAGGAGUUGGGGAGACGCUUACACUGUAUUGUAUUGACCGAAGAAGAGCUACUCGUCCAUUUAUUUGAUCCGUUCUGGUCGACCAGCGAGAUAGUGUCCUAUCAGACUAACACACUUGCUGAAGUGUUAUGCUGAUAAAUCAUUCCACAGUUCCUUAUUUAGCGUAUUAUGCAAAGUCCGGAAGCCUUAACCAUGUUAGUUUUUGGGGUUUACGAAGGCGAACGGAUGUCUAUCGACGUCCCUAUAGGGGCGAGCGUUGGAGAAGCAAAAAAGAUGUUCCAGAAUAUUUUUGGUAUAUACGUUGACGAUUUCAGUAAAAAAGACCGAAAGGUAGUGGUGUUACACUACAGUGGUAGUGAUCUAGAAGAAGGAUGGUGCUUUACGGACCUCGGAAUAUCACCGGGGUCGACCAUCAAAAUUCACAUGAAGGAGGAAAUCAAGCCAGUUCUGUUUGUGCACUGUACGUAUAACGACGAGGUCAUCGAUAUCGUGGACAAAAGUGUCACCGUUCAUACGAUGAAGGUCGAAGACCUCAGAACAAUUGUUGGGAAACGCACUGGUAUCCCAGUCUCUAUUUUUCGAUUAGUGAAUAAUGAGGGUCAUGAGAUGUAUGAUGGUCACGAGCUGUACAAUUAUAACGUAGAGGCUGGGAUGACUUUAAGGAUGGAAAAUUGGGACGGCUGGAACGAAUUCAUCAACCUGUGUAUAAUGGGAUUUACACCUCAAGUUCUUGCCCAAAUUUCCACGGAUGAAGUCAUCUCGCGCUUUCAGAUGAAGGUCGCCCUGUUUAUCUCGGCCCAUUACGGGUGUGUUGAUCUGGCGCGAAGUCUUAUUCGACAGGGUGUACGAGCCGAUGAACACAUCGGAGAGCAUCCGAAUAGACAAUGGUGUAACGAGAAGUCUCAUAUAGAGACAAAAAAAGCGCCAAUUCAUGAGGCGACGGAGAACGGUCAGCUGGGCGUGGUACGGCUUUUUGUUAACCACGAUAUCACCGUCGUUAUGGCUAAAGACGGUAAUGACUUGAACGCUUUAAACAUUGCUCUCCGUAAGAAACAGAAACCGUGUGCAUCAUUCUUGCUAACAAGACAGUGGACGAAAGUACCCGUAGGAAAGUUCGGCUCUAUCACCGUCCAGAGCCUACGAAAAAUCAAAUCGUGGUCUAUCCGCGCUAAGGAAAGAGCAUUUGCUAAGUACGGACAGACACGAUCAACGUUGAAGAAAAGGUCAUACACGUGCGGAGCCCUAGUUAGUUACGGACAGCCAGUGGUGAAUGGCUUCACGCCAAGUCCUAUGACCGGUAAGCCUAAAAAUGAAAUGAAGGACAAGGAGAAGCAGAAGUCCAUCGAUACGUUCCACGAAGUUUACGGCAUCAAUGGUGAUCCAGAGAACUACUUUCGACAGAUGGGUUCUCUUACAGGUUUAAGGAACCUGAACCGGAGACGGAACACGAAGUGGGGCGCUAUGAUUGACCGGUCUGAUGUUGCUGUGCAGCUUGCAGGAGGAUUAGGAAACGCAAUGGAAGCAGACCUCGAAGCAGAAACGGCAUAUUCAGUUAAAGGUCAAGGGACAAAAACUGUAGCAGAGUCCGUAGUAUCGGAUGCGGACAGUCGACCAUAUAAAGGCAAACGUUACCAAGGAGCUGGACACUCAAUUGACCAGGUGGCCGAAUAUAACGCCAAAACAACUUUUGCAAAUAAAAACGUCCGCGGUGGCGGUAAGGCAGAUCAUCCACUUGACGACGACAUAGGUGAUCCAAAUACCAAGUUACCUCCCUUGUCACACAGAAGCAAAAUACAAGGGGGCAAAGACACUAUCAAGGAAGAAGACGAAGGCGAGUUAUCUGACAAUAGUAUGGAUAAAAAGUAUAAAGCAAAGUAUAUUCAAACACCAAUCAACAAAAAACCCGAAAAGUCCGCCAAAUCUAUCCCCAGCUUACGUGGAGGUGGUGGAGAGAAAUCCAAAAUGGCUCUCAAUGCAGAAACACCUGGAUCACCGCGAAGCAUAGCGGAUAAAUCUGAAAAGUCAGACAAGAAAUCAAAGAAGAAGAAUCGUAUAACUUCGUCAGUGUUGUUGUCAAAGGCGAAAGCGGCGUCGGAAGGUGCGGUUCCUCUACCUCUCAUUAGUACGGAAAACAUAAGUAGACCGUUCUUUUAUCACAGAGGUUUACGUGAGGACGAUGUCGUGCAGCCAAUCCUAGACCUUGUAUCAAAAUACCAAGGGUCAACCUCACGUGACCGUGCCAUCAAAUCAAUGACUAUCGCAAAUACAUUCAAGGAGAAGGCAUGGCUCAGUCAAAUUCGAAUGGCGAUGGCUCUGACAACUCAUACCAUUCGGCGGUCGGUCGCCAACUGAUUUCCGAGAGGUAUCAUUUUAUGUACUUUAUAACAGUAUUGGUUUAACACAAACGUCCCGAAACUUGAUACCUGUGCUUGUUUGUACCGAUUGGAGGUUUUCUAUCAGUGGUGAAUGCUUCAGUUAUCACAAGACUUGUUAUUCUCGUGACAAUGUGCUUAGCGUAUGACAUGAAGACUGUUUUAACAUAAUAUAUACAUCUAAUGUUUCGCUUUGGCACUUGUCGCUACGGUACAUGUUACUCUAACAAAAGUGUGAAUUUAAAACUUACCUUGAAGCUCAAACAUCAGUGACGUCGAUGCAUUCACCAAUCGCCACACACUCAUUUGUGUAUAUAUAUAUAUAUAUGAAUCUACAUUAGUGCUCAUUGUGUUAUACUCGGAUAUACUUUUAAGACAUUUCUAGCAAUCUGUGAUAUUAAUUCAAACAAUCCGUCCGAACGGCUGAAACUGUCGACCAUUAAAUGUCGUUCAGUUUCGGAUACCUAUAAAACUCGCAUGUUUAUUAAGUAAUGUUGUAUGGCAUUUACUCAUCCUUAAAUGUGAUAAAAUAUUUAUAUAUGUACAUGUAGUAUGAUUUAACGGUCUCUUUUCAUGAAAACCUUUGUAUGUGUUUACAAUCACUUAGUAAACUUCAUGGUAUUAUGUCGAUUCUACUUCAUUUGUUAACACAGACAAACAUAUUUGUUUUAGGAGAGAUCGUACUCAAAGAACACAACAGUUUGACGAGCAUUUAGUUGUGCGAUCUGUCAAUAAAUAAAAAUGAAAUAAAGCUGAUCAUGAUGAUGAGAACCCGUA